GCGAAAAGAUGUAAAUAUGCAGACAAAGGAAAAGUCUCAACGAAGAGGAAACAGAAGGAAUAAGAUUGCUCCGUAUUGCAGUCCUGACGUGACAGAUAUUUCUCAGAAUACACAGGAAUACAAUAAAGAAAAACUACAGAUGUUUGAAACUGCCAUCAACUCUGCAACGACAGAAAAUUGGACAGAACACACUGUAUCUAGACAAAUCCUCAGAGAAGAUGUCACUAUUGAUUCUGACUGUGCUAUACCGGAAGGCACUGAACUAAACGAAGACAAUGAGUGGUCUGACAAUGAGACAGUUACGGAGCAUCAGAUACCUGAAGCCAUGGAAGUACUAGAAGAACUUAAUAAAGGCCCCAAUAGUGAAAAUCAGGCCACAGAGGGAACAUUGGACAAGGAAGAAGAUGAUAUAGGAUAUGCCCAUCAAAUCUCUUCCCCAGAGUCAGAGCAUUGCAAGAAACCUGUCUUAAGAAUCAGUGAGGUACAAGUUGAGCCAAUGGACCUAAAUGAAGCCACCCCUGAAUACAGUUCUUCAUUGUCACAGAACGAUCACCAUCAGGAGCUUAUCUCUGAGGAGACACGCGUUUGUAAACCAAAUGAAGAAUUAUCAAAAGUAUGUACAGUCGAAACAACAAACGAAGAUGACGUUCCAGGAAAAACAAACAAUUAUCAUCAAAAUGGAUCAGGAAAUUAUGAGGAACCACCCUUAGACUACCAGCUUGGUGAGAAAAUCGAUGGAGGUGAAAACAGCGGCACAACUAUCUUCACACAAAGCCAAAUUCCUAAAGAAAUGGAAGAGCGAAAAAGGAAUAAAAGAAUUCGAGAAAAUUUGGACGAUGGCCCAGACCCAACCGCCAAACGGAACAAACAUGGAAGUGAUCGAACACCACAAUCAAAUGAAUUACAAACAGAAUGCAAGCUGGUUAAAGUAAAGACUAAAGUGAAAAAGCAAAGAAAGAAUAGAAGACGUCAAUGGAGGACUUUGGUUCCAGCACCAUCAUCCCGAAACCAGGAAACGUAUGCAAGUGACUCAAAAACACAAGCGAAAGACCCUGCAACAUGUUCAGAUGCAGAGCGAGGAAAGCAUGUAAAAGCCGACAAACCCGCUGUAAAUGAUGAUCCAUUGAAGACAAGGAUGUGGACAAUAGCUAUUUAUGGUGUGAUUGUAUAUACAUUUCUGAACUCCUCCUGUGCUGUAAAGUGUAUUUCAAUCAUGUCGGUUUCUGUGACUGGACUUUGCAUUUACUACUUUAUGAAUGCCAAAUCUGCUGUUGAUAUUCCUGCUGAACAUCCAGCUUCUAACCCAAUCCAAGUACCAAAGAAAUCGUCGGUCGAAGAAAGUGAAGCUACUCCAACACAACGAAGAGAUCUGUAUCGGAUAUGCAGCAAUAAAGGCAUGUAAUACAAACACUACUGGUUGGUUACUACGAAGAUGACAUAAAUAAUUACAGAUGAACGUACAGGAUGCCAGUUUUGUUGGACAGAACAGUGUGUUGUUUUGUUCAGUUUAUAACCACGGAGAGGCGUGCU